AUGUUGCCCUAUGGCGGCGAUACCUCUACCACGUCCACCUCGGUCUCCACCUACAAUCGGCCGAGUUCAUCGACUCCUCGACUACCAAACAACAACAACUUCCUAUCACCAUUUUACAGUAAGUUUUGGGAAAAGUGCGGGCUUUUAUAAAUGCUAUUGAACAUGAGCUUUCCCAAAUAUUCAACACGACCUUUCCCAGUACAAGUUGGAGAUCAAGAAGUGUAGUCUAAAGUUAGGAUGUCGAUCUGUUUAUGUAAGCCGAUCCCCCAUGUGGAUGUAUUUAUCUAUGGGCCCAAACAAUGGCCCAAGCAGAAGUCACGCUCCCAGGGGUCGGGUCGAGACGUUCCAAGGACACAAAUAAUCGCUCGGAGCAUAGCUGACAUUGUUCGCCUCAGUCUUGAUGAUGUUACACAUGAAGCCGGCUUUGACCUUGCACCUCAUUUCAUUAAUACCCGAAAUACGGGAAACAGGGCUGUCAGUCAAUCAUCCCCUGGGCCCAAGGUUAAUUUAACGUUUCAGUUCCGAGUGUAAAGUCUUUAAACUUGCCCAACUCGGCUCCUUGUUCACUUUUUUUCAUAUUUCUUGGGUGUUUCGGAACGUCUGAAGGCUGGCUCCGGACUUGCUGAUUUCCCACGAGAAGCCGACAAUAGCCUGGUUUCUUCGUUCAAUGUUUUUGAAAGGUUAAUGCAAAGGAAAUGAUAGCUCUCCAAUUAUGUCCUGUUUUGAUGUAUUUUUUCGGCGGCGUUCCAGUUAGAUUGGGAUUACUAGCUAGGCGAUGACUUUACUUGUUUCCUAAUGUAGCUCACUUCUAUCUUUACUACUCCUUUUAAAACCCUUCGUCCAAAAGAGUCAACAUUCUUCGAGUUGUUUGUCUUUUCAAAACACUAUAGCCCACUUCAACUUAUGCUAAUUUAUGGAGAUUAUUAUAACUGGGUUCGCUUUCAGAGAUCCUCCGAAUUCCCCAAAGAAACAUAAUAUUAAAGAAUUUUGCGUCACAUGGUUCAAUGCUUACUAUUUUUUUUUCCUUUAGUCACACUCGGAACGGGCGAUUCCCACGUCAAAGCGGGAUUAUUUACUUUUCACGGCACUUAAUUACCGUAUUCGGAGAUGGCUAGCCAAGUAAUUGAGAUGAGAUUGACUCUUUUUUAUCUAAUUAGCUAUGAGCUUUUGUCCAAACGCCUCGCGGUUGUACUCUAUGGGAGAGGGUUCCGAUCGAGCACUUUGGAUAUAUACAUAUAUAAAGAUGAUCACAGAACUUCUCGACUUUUGGUUUUGCCGUUGAAUCGAACUUCCUUGCCAAAAUGGGUUGAGAUUGAUUUCCAAAAUCUGCAGUGGCUUCUCCCAAAUUUUUGAGCUUCUUUGGCAAUGAAUUUUAAAAUCCAGUGCCCACAUUUUUUGCACUGAAAUUCGAUCCAACACCAAAAAUAAAGGCCGAGAACUUCUGUGACCGUCUUUAUAUUAAACGUCAAAUGUAACGUAAUUCGAACUCAUUAAACUGUUCGCUGGAGUCAGAACGGGAAAUCCGAAGCCACGGAGCUAUGAUUACGACAUUCUCAUGGCACGGGUGUAUAAAUCUUCCACUAUUAAGUCCUGGCGGGGUGUUCUUUUUAAUGAAACCGUUUGUUAACGGAAUUAUGCCUCAAGCAAUGAAUCCUUGGGCGCUCUCUUAUUCCUUCAGCCGUUCUGAAGACCGCAUUCAGCAACUUGAAAGCUUUAUCUUUCGGGGAUAUUAUCUAUUCCGGGGAUCGUUUUGUUACUUGGGACUCUGACUUCCGGGCUAUUGUCCUAUGUAGGGCAUUCCGUUUUCUUUUUCCCAUACCGUUUUGUCAUUGUUUCGGGUGUCAUGUCAUUUCCGAAGAUGAUAGCAUACACUGUUUUGUUGCGAUAACCUUUCGUUGAAGUUGUGCCGUGAUGUCCAUGGUGGUGGAUGUGAGGUAACGAAUGUCGAGAUCUGAUGGGGGCCGGGAAUUGCCUUCGGGCACGCCGUCCGCUUCACCACCUCCUCUCAACAACAACACCAUCAUUGUGAGGUCAAAGAAGUCGGCGUCAUCAAGUUGCCUACACUCUGCUCCGGGCCGACGUGUUCGGUUCCGGGAAGAAGGCCGUGAGAAACUCGUUCGACGCUCCCUGGGCUCAGGUGAGCGUCCAAUUAAGGCAUCUUGUCCUUUACGGAUAAUGGGCCUUGAUUUGGCAGGGUGGGUUCGAAAAUCGGGAGAACAGAAAAAGCGGGAAAGAGUAAUAUGUGCCAUUGACCCAGGUUACAUGGGCUUGUCCUUUGUAACCCCAACAAUGAGUUCCCUCCGUCCAUUGAGCGACGGCCCUCUAAUUCCGCUAAGUAGUUAUGCGCUAGCUGGCUCGCCGCUCCUUCUGACACGUGGUUGUUCCCACAACAGAGUCGCUUCGUCCGGCUCGUCAACGGGCCCUCAAGAAGGUCGGUGAGGUCUCUUGGAAGGAGGAUGUCCAAGUCCGUCGUUUUUAAACCAAAUUUACAAACCUAUUUAGCGGGGCCGCAGAAAGGACCCGGAAACAUGAAAGGUCAUGUUUAAGAGCUAUUAUGGAUGACGAGCGGCCAGUGUUCACGUAUACUCUCGUUUCAGGCCAACCCCACUCGACGGCGGAACGACAUCCUCUGGACUCGAGUUCCUCCUCGGCCGUCAACUAUAUCCCCAUGAACGAGGCCUCCUUCGACUACACGGCCGAACAGUUUGAACUUCGAGUUCAUCCACCAAAACAGUACAGAUGUUGUUGUGGUCAGAUCCAUGUUGUUGUGAGUUGUUAUUGAACUUAACGUUAACCACUUACCAGACUUCUGAAAGAGAUUUUGAACCCUUAAAACGUUGUGUUUUCAGCUCGGAACCAAACUUUUUCUCGUUCUCUACGUGGUUCUCACGAUGUUUGGACUCGUUUUUGGGAUGGUUCAGGCUAUGGUAUGGACUGGAAUCCCUUUCCUCGUCACAGUCAUGACUGUUUACGGGUUUUGUCGCAAAAAACACAAGUAUCUUUAUCCUUUUCUCAUCAUAUCUGUAAGUUGUUCGUCGUUUUGUUAUGAUUAUAUUGGUUCUUCAGGUAGUUCAACUUAUUGUUUGCUUAAUUAUGGGUCUGGUCAUUGCCACUUUCUCGAUCAUGAACUUCGAGACCCUGAAAAUGAUACUUGGUAAGUUGAGAGGCACGCAUUUCGGAUACCUUUCAUAAUAAUAUCGGAUAUAAUGUGUUCUUUUAGCACACAACAUGAAGUCAGAACCGUCGACAACUGUGAUCGUGGCCAUUGUUGGAGGAACCGUUUUGUCCUGCUUCUUGUUGGCAAUAAUCCACGUUUGGCAAGUAAUGGUUAUCUAUAGGUGAGACAUAAGUUAACUUUUUAAAUUUGUUUCCACUCUGAGAACCUCUAAGAUUGACAGUCUAAAUUAAUUCCAGUUGCCUCCAAUACUACGAAUACGACCUCCGGCCGGACCGGGCUUUGGUCAGCACUCACGGGGACCCGACCAACAACGGCUUCAGCUACUUUGAGAGCACUCAGAAGUUGCCUCAUAACAUCGACGCCUUGGCCAGCCUCAACUCGGAAAUGCAACAGAGGGGGUCCGAGUUGAUGGCCUGA